AUGUUGUCUUGUGGCCUCCUUUGCCUGGCACUGGCUUCGGCUUCCCUUGCGCUUCCUGCUACCCUGACAGCUCGCACCUCGUCAUCGUGCUCGGGCCUUGGUGGCGGCGCUUUUGACACUGCCCAUAACUUCACGCUUGCUGCAUACAAUCUCGGCGCUUCGAACGCAAACGCGACUGGAGCGCCACUCGUUCUUGGACCUAACGGCGAAAGCGAUGGGCAGGAGUACAAGGUGCUGUCGACGUAUGCUUCUUAUCCCUACGAUGUCGACAGCUACCCGAGUUUUUCGUUGAAUGCGGGUGUGCUCAAACCAAAUCCGAGCAAUGCGAGCAUGUCGUCGACCGACGUCAGCGUGGCAGAGGGAAGCAUGCCUAAGUUUGUCGUGAGCUCAAGCAGUUUGUCCGAUUCCGCGCCGAUCUAUUGCGCAGUGGCUUCCAUUGACCCUGACGGCGGCUCCGACUACCCCGAGCUCGCUGUCAACGGCGAGAUAGACGCGUUCUCACUGUGCAUGAAUGGCGCUCAGAAGAACGUUGUCUACAAGGCGACUUCCGAAAACUCGUGCGCAUACAAUCACGAUAGCUGCUACCCUGUGCGUGUGCAGCUCGUUGGUCUGGACUGA